AUGCCUUCAUACAAGGAUUCUGACGAUUACAAGACCUACAAAGAAGGUCUUCUCCAGGGCGGCAAGAACCACCGCAUGGAGGAUCUUCCUCCCUUCGAGUUCAACGAGAUCAACUUCGCCGAAAUGCGUCGCGCCGCCGGCUUCCCUGCCAAGGGCAAGUGCACCUACUGCACCACUGCCCGCAAUGCUAAAUGUCCUCCCGCCCUUCGCGAUCAGGAAUGUGAGGUCUGGGCCCGCUUUGAGGAUGAUGAAGAAGAUGAGGCCUGA